CUGUGUGGAUCCCAGCACUUCUCACAUUCGAUCCAUUGUCCACGAAGAUCUUCCAACAUUUACGUGUGGCUUCGGCUACUACUUGAGGAUUUUCAUUUCAUCUUCAGCGUCGUAGAAAGCUGGUCGAGCAAUUCUCCCUAUAGUCCUGAGAUAGCCGAGCCGGAGCGUUCCCAGUUGGAUUGCAGCAUUUUUUUCCCAGACAAGUCCGAUACCAAUUUCCCGACCCCGGCGGAUGAGAGGCUUGGUUAUCCGAAUAAGGCGUUUUUAAGUUGUUGUAAAUCGGUGAAGGUGGCAAAGUCAUGCGAACGAAUAUGCAAUUUUGACAUAUUGAAUAAGAAGACGCUGACUGGAAUGUUCUUGGGCACAGAUCCUUGCCCUCAGUCUUACGGCUUGGACCUACUGCAAUGCGCCGCUCAGUCACAGGACCAUACUACUUGUUGCCAUUCUCGGGGAGUACAAAAUACCAGCGCCGGAGACAAAUGUCUCGGUUUCUGUAAUAUGCGGCCAGGAGUUAAUUUUCAAGCUGACGUGUCCAUGCUUCCAUGUUGGGCUGUGCUGAAUGAUAUCAAAACAUGUUUCGAGGACUACAUAAGGAAUAGUUAG